GGAAAGAAAAGCUGCCAAACUCCGAUGGAUCCACAUCUGCUCAAAUGGAAAUUAUCUGCUGCCUGUGUGCUGCUGCUGCUCAUUAUGUACCACAGCAACACUGCUGCUGUCAGCAUGAAGGAACAUCUGGCUGAUUGUCUGGAGGACAAAGACUAUCACAAGCUGCUGCACACCGUUAAAACCGGCCUCCCGCACUUAAACACAUCCCAUCAUGUGGUUAUUGUCGGAGCUGGCGUGGCGGGACUGACGGCUGCCAAACUACUGCAAGACGCAGGACACAAGGUUACCAUAGUCGAGUCGAGUGGUCGUGUUGGAGGACGAGUGGAGACCUACAGGAAUGAAGAAGAGGGCUGGUAUGCUGAACUGGGAGCCAUGAGGAUCCCAAGUUCUCACCUUAUCGUCCGCUGGUUCGCUCAAGAACUGGGAGUCAAACUGAAUAAGUUUGUAAUGGAGGACAUCAACACAUUUUACUUUGUCCAUGGACUGCGGAAGAGGACAUACGCAGUAAAAGCAAAUCCAGACAUCCUGAAGUACAAACUGCCCAGAAGCGAGAGGAAGAAGUCAGCCGACGAUCUGUUUCAGCGAGCUCUGCAGAAGGUGAAAGAUGAAGUGGAGGCACAUGGCUGCAAAGCUGCACUACGGAAGUAUGACCACUAUUCUGUGAAGGAGUAUCUGAAGGAAGAGGGCGGCUUGAGUCCAGAAGCAGUGAGGAUGAUCGGAGACUUGCUCAAUGAACAGAGCCUCAUGCACCUGGCACUGACUGAGAUGAUCUACAUCCAGAGCGAUGUCAGCGACAAAACCAGUUACAGCGAAGUGACUGGAGGGACAGAUCUCCUCACCAAAGCUUUCCUCACUGUCCUCGAUGUUCCCAUCCUACUUGACUCCAAAGUCAAACGCAUCAGCCAAUCAGAUAAUGGUGUAAUUGUCUCAUAUCAGACUGGCAGCCACUCCCCCUGGACAGAUAUUUCUGCUGACAUCGUUCUGGUAACAACAACAGCCAAAGCAGCCCUUUUCAUGGACUUUCAUCCACCUCUUUCCAUCAGAAAGAUGGAGGUGUUGCGUGGGGUCCACUACGAAAGCUCAACUAAAAUCAUUCUCACCUUCAGCAAGAAGUUCUGGGAGGAGGACGGCAUCCGAGGAGGAAAGAGCAUCACCGACAGGCCUUCUCGGUACAUCUACUACCCCAGCCACAGCUUCCCAGCUAAUCAGACCAUCGGCGUCCUCCUGGCUUCCUACACCUGGUCCGACGACUCCCUCCUCUUCUUAGGUGCGAGCGAUGAAGACCUGAAAGAAAUGGCUCUGAAAGAUUUGGUCAAGAUCCACGGUGAGCGCGUCAGGUCUCUCUGCACAGGGGUGGUGGUGAAGAGGUGGAGCGAGGAUCCUCACAGCUUGGGGGCCUUUGCUCUCUUCACACCCUACCAGCAUUUAGAGUACUCCAAGGAGCUCUUCAGGAGUGAGGGCAGGGUGCACUUUGCUGGCGAGCACACGGCCUUCCCUCAUGCGUGGAUCGAGACGUCCAUGAAAUCAGCAAUCAGAGCUGCAGCCAACAUCAACAAAGCUGCAGCAAUAACUCACCACCAUGACGAGCUCUAG